GCUGCAAAGACUGCAGCAGAAGAAUCUCCUCCAACCAGGCUGCUUAGAUCUGAGCGGCUCCCUCUCCAGGCCAGACACUGGAGCCUUUGCAGGCUCUGGGGGUCCUUUUUAGGGAUUUCUCUGCAGGCCGCUUUCUUACACGUCUACAGAAUUUCUGUGGGUGGGCUGGGAGCAUCCAGGCCUCCCCUUUAGGCAGGCACCUCCUCUGCUUCUCCUCCUCUUUCCCUUGGCUGCUUGCACUGCACCGCUCUCAAGCUGCACCUCUCUUAUCCCUUCCUUUUCUUUCCAGGACGGAGCCGUCCGAAAAAAGCAGAAUGAGCUUGCCGUGCCUUAUCUUGACGUUGAGCCUUUUAGGGGUCCGGGGCUUGGGAGACCCGGGGCCUCUGGAGGACGUGGUGAUUGACAGAUACUACAUCCCCAAAGUGUGCUUGAGAGAAGUCCAGAUGGGCGACUUCGUCCGCUACCAUUACAACGGGACCUUCCAGGACGGCACCAAGUUCGACUCCAGCUAUGACCGAGGCGCCACGGUGGCCGGCGUGGCAGGGGUGGGAAGGCUCAUCACUGGCAUGGACAGAGGCCUGCAGGGCAUGUGCGUGAACGAAAGGAGACGUCUCAUCGUGCCCCCUCAUCUCGGCUACGGUAGCAUCGGUGUUGCUGGCCUGAUCCCCCCGGACACCACCCUCUAUUUCGACGUCAUCAUGCUGGACAUUUGGAACAAGGAAGACCAGCUCCAGAUCACCACCCUGUACAAGCCAGAGCGCUGCAACCGCACCGUGGAAGACUUUGUGCGUUACCACUACAACGGCACCCUUCUGGACAGCACCCCUUUUGAUUCCAGCUACGGAAAAGACAGCACUUACGACACGUAUGUGGGUUCAGGCUGGCUGAUCAAAGGCAUGGACCAGGGGCUCGUCGGCAUGUGUGCUGGAGAGAAGCGGAGAAUAGUCAUCCCCCCGUUCCUGGCUUAUGGAGAGAAGGGCUACGGGACCGUCAUCCCCCCUCAAGCUUCCUUGGUCUUUGAUGUCUUUCUGGUGGAUCUACACAACCCCAAAGAUGGCAUUUUCCUGGAACAUUUGGAAGUGCCUGAGUCAUGCAAGCGCAAAGCCGUGACCGGGGAUUUUGUGCGCUACCAUUAUAACGGCACCUUGAUGGACGGGACCCUCUUUGAUUCCAGUUACUCACGGAAUCACACUUAUGACACCUAUAUCGGAAAAGGCUACAUCAUCCCAGGGAUGGACCAAGGACUGCAGGGGGUCUGCACAGGUGAAAAGCGAAGGAUCAUCAUCCCUCCUCAUUUGGCGUACGGAGAAACUGGGGCAGGGGACAAGAUUCCCGGUUCAGCUGUCCUCAUCUUUGAUGUCCACAUCAUCGAUUUCCACAACCCCACGGACUCGGUGACGAUCGAAACAGUCUACCGGCCGGCAGACUGUAACAUCACCUCUCAGAAUAGAGACUUUGUCCGCUAUCAUUACAACUGCUCUCUCCUGGACGGCACCCGGCUCUUCUCCUCCCACGACUAUGAGCAUCCUCAAGAAACCACGCUCGGUGCCAACAAGAUCAUCGAAGGCCUCAACAACGGCCUCCUGGAUAUGUGCUUGGGAGAGAAACGGAUUGUCCUCGUCCCUCCGCAUUUGGGACAUGGCGAAAGUGGCGCUCGAGGUGUCCCUGGCAGCGCCGUUCUCCGCUUUGAGGUAGAACUUCUACACCUGGAGGGAGGCGUUCCAGAAGGCUACCUGUUCAUCUGGCAUGGCGAGCCACCUGAGAAUCUGUUUGAAGCAAUGGAUCUCAACAAGGAUGGUGAAGUCCCACCUGAAGAGUUCUCCGUGUUCAUCCAGUCGCAGAGGGCAGAGGGCAAAGGUCGUCUCAUGCCAGGCUCUGAGCCAGAAAAAGUGAUCACCGACAUGUUCGAAAACCAAGACAGGAACAAAGACGGGAAGAUCACAGCAGACGAAUUGAAGCUGAAGUCAGACGAGGAUCAAGCUCCAGCCCACGAAGAGCUUUAAGAGAGAAAACUCCGGGGGGGCGGGGAUUCAGCAUUUUUUUUACAAUUUUUUAAAAGCACUCCACUUUCCCUGCCUUUUGUGGCCGGAUCGUUCCUACGAGGGAAGGGAGAACGUUGUGUCCUUCUUUGACAUCGUUUUUGAGAACUAUUUAAUUGAGACCUAGUUUGAGCAAACCAAAGCCGGGGAGUUUACUCGGCCGUGGGAGAUUCCCUGAUCCGUUAGCCAAAUUCCCCACCCCCGUCCAAUCAAAUCCGUAAGCACACGGUCUACAUCAGAUUGGUCUCAACAAAACUAUGAUGUCAGUUCAGUUUUUUGUUCUGUCAGAUCCAGGUAUGGUGUCUACAGGGGUGCUGUGUGUAGUCCCAACCCAGUCGAUGAAGCCAGAUUCCACUGCGGGGCAACCCAAACCGGGUGAUCGGAACUGACCAAAUGGGCCAUUUCAGUCCAAUUUGCUUUGCUUAUUCUGAUUAGCAGAGCUCUGAGGAUGUAGUCCAUGGGGCAGAGGACUCAAGGAACGGAAGGAGCAAAACACGGUUGCUAUUCUGCCUCCCCGUCUCUUUUAUCUAGGCAGAACCCUGUGCUCCUAAAGGCCAGGAUAACAUGAAAAAAAAUUAAUAAAAACCAAUACAGCCUUUUCCUAAUUAUUGAAUCUCUACAGCGGGAUGCCUGCAUCUCUUGAAUUUUUGUUUCUCGGGCAGUUGUAAAAAAGGCACAGAAAUUAAAAAUAAAAGCACAACCUCAGGUA